UAUAAAUGAAUUGACUUAACAUUACAGGUAUGAACCAAUCGAAAUUCAUACGAGAACCCUCCUGUUGCCGUUUACGAUCAGGAAUGCAACAAGAAACCACUUGUUUCUAAAUGGGACUCUUAACUUCUAGUAAAAUUCAAGCUCAUAUAAGAGUGUAUAAGGAAAACAAAUACACAUUUUUUUUUUUUGAAUGAAUGUUAAAUUUUAUUCAAUCCAAAAAACCCCUUUGUUUACAUAUUUACAAUGCUACAUAUAUAAGAAUUUUUUCACUCUUUUCUUAAUCUAUACUCAUCUAUGAACUUGCAUCUAAUCUUGUUGAAAACCAGAAACUGAGCCCAUUCUCCAUCUUUGCGUCUCCCAUUUGCUGAACUGAAGCAAAUCUGUUUCUAAUGUUUUUCUCCAAAAUUCUUAUCAGUGUUGCUGUAUUCAACGGCUUCUCUCCAUGUCUCUCCAAAACAAAUACACAUUUAAGGACAAAAUAAAUCUUUGUAGUUCUCCCCACGGUUGCUUGAACCAGUUCUUGCCUUACUUCUCUUUGAUCGAGCCAAGAGAGACGAUGACUGGUUCAGGGUUAUUUGAAGCUUCUUUGAUGCAUUAGUUGAGACAAUUUUUAUGCUGAUUUAUAAAGCUAAAAAAAUUUCUAGAAUAAGUUAUUAUAUUUUAUUGUACCGCUUUUCAUUUCAUAGAAUAAGCUACCCUAAAACUCCUUUUUUUUUAAUAUACCAAUUCAACUUUGUAUAGUAGCCAUCAGCAAUGGUAACAAAUUCUACACAUUCUAAUAUUUGAAAAACUUUGAUGAUUAAAAAGUGACAAGGGUAAAAUUAUUUUUUCAACACAAAAUUAAUAUUUUUUGUGUAGAAUAAUGUUCUUAUAAAAUUCAACUAGUCUUUUGAACCAGAUAUUUUUUUUCAUUUUCAUUUUCUCUUUCUUUUACUUUAUUCUUUAAUUAUUAAUGAGAAAUCUUCAAAAUAUCUACUAUUAUUGAUGUCUUUAGAACAUUUAUAUUGCAAGUCUCUCACAUGAAGUUUUUGUAAGUAAAAAAUAUUUUAAAAAGAAGAGAGAGUGAAAAUAUAAUAUGAAAGCCAGUCAAAAAAUAUUAAAGAAUACAAUAUCUUCCUUUGUUUGUUUCUGUAAUUUCUGUUUUUUUUCUUUAUUUCAAUAUGAGAGCCAGUUAAAAGAAAAAAAAAAAAAGAAAAAGUGAAAAUAAAUACUGAUAUGAGAAUUUUUGAGAAUCUUAUGAAAAUCCAUAGAAACACUUGUAUUUUCACGAGUGUUAUAGUUUUGAUUCUGUUAUUAAAACUUAGAUAUAAAUAACCUUUUUUGUGCACGUCUUAGAUAUAUAACUAAAUUGUAUUAAAGUAUUAAUAUUAUUUGUUUGAAAAUUCCUUAAAAAUGUGUUGACAAUAUACACAAAAAGGUUUUCGUGUUUCUUUCACAAAGGUCAUCCUUCUGUCUUUUUUUUUACACCGGAUAUAUUAUGCUAAUACAAACUAUGAUAAAUAUUAUAGACGAUUCUACAGCUGACAAUGUCUUAUAAAGAUUCAUGUUUGGCUGCAUCACCUGAACCGCCCUAUCAGAUCUAUGUUUGAUGGUAUUUCUUGCACCAUGAUGCAGAUCUCUUGUAAAAUGUUUCUUCAUUAAUUCACGUAAUUCCUUCUUCUCUUAGAAUUGAAACCCAAAUCUUCUGACGUAGAAGAAUUAAUUUAUACUACUAUUUUCAAUUGAUUCCACUUUUCCAAUUUAUGAUCUCAAAAAAGAGAGAAUUUGUAUUGGUAUGAACUUCACAAAAUCGUGGUUUAUCUUUGCAUAUUAUGAGAUCUUAUAUUACAAUAAACAUAAUUUAUCAUUAUAUAAUUUUUAAUCAAAAUUACGAUUAAAUAAAACUAAAAUACUACUAUUUCUUUAGUUAUACUUUUAUCCUUUUAAACUAUUUUACUAGUAUAUUCUCCAGAUCAGAGCUUUUAACAGUAAAUUAAUGUCAUUCUUUUCUAGAGAAUCUUGGUCAAUGUUUUUUUUAGUUUAAAAUCUGAUUACAGUAAAAACAAAUAGAGAGAGAAAUAGAAGAAAAUGACAAAAGGUGAGCAUUUAAAACAAAGAAAAAGGACAAAAUGUGGGCAUUUAAAACAAAGAAAACGGACAAAUAAAAAGUUACGAAAAGACAAUGAACAUUCAAAGAAGAAGACAGACAAAUCCCCACAACCAACCUUCAAGCCAUCAUCUCAAUUUUAUAAAUAUAAAUAUUUUUUUAACAAGACAACAAAAACAAAAGAGAUGGUUUUGGGGUUAUGCUUUGUCUUUGUUAAGGUGUGUUUGGACGGUUCCUUCUCAGAAUCAUAUUUUUCCAAAACACCUUUUUACCUAAAACAAAAGAUUUUUUGUUUUUAUAAUUGGAAAACAGUCAUGAUUCCAAAUCCACCUCAUGUGGAAACAAAAACCAUAAAAGUGGAGGCUCCAAACUCAAAUUAUGUAAUGAGAAAAUGCCAAAAGAUAUAAUGACAAAUGGGUUCAUUGAACUUCUUGCAUCAUCUAACUUUCUUUUCUUUUUGGGUAAUCUCAUCUAACUUUCCUUCUUUUCUAGUUUCUCUAAAUCAAGAACCAUGAUUCAAAAGUAAAUCAAGAACUAAUCAAACACAUAUCUGGAAAUUACCUUAUUAUUUUCAAGAAAAUUACAGGUGAGGCUACUCUUUGUAAUAUCUUGUUUUGAUUCUAAAUUUCUAAUGGACAGAAAUGUUGAUACGUGGGCUUAGAUGUGUGACUAUUCAUGUAGUACAACUAGUACCAUGUGAAUGUGAACAUAACAAUAACUAUAGUUUAACAAUGAGAUUGAAACUUUGACUAUUUUUAUUUAAUUCCUUAAAACGAAAGAGAAAGAAAAGAACACAAAAAAAACAACAAGGAAGAAGACAAAACCAACUAUCACGCAUUGUCUGGUACGUAGAACCAAAAGGAACAAUACCUCUGUUUUAGUGUUUUUUAGUUACAAUCCACACACACAUACACACGCUAUAACUCACAAGAUAACCCACUAGAGACUUCUUUGUUCUUACCCACAAAUUACAUAGAUAGAAGUAUAACUCACCCAACAAAAGAAAUAUAAAACCUUCACAUUUUCUUCUAAAUUCAUUUGUUUUUUUUGUUCUUUCCAUUGAUGCAAAAAUCAAAUUCUCUGGAUCUUUAAAAGUAUUUCGAAUCUUGGGUUUGGUUCUUCUCGUCGCAAAGUUCCAACUUUCCAUUAAAAGGAUUGACCUUUUGGCCUUCAAUGGUUGUGGCUAUGCUUCAAGAAGACAAUGGAACAUCCUCUGUAGCUUCAUCACCACUCCAAGUCUUCUCAACCAUGUCACUCACAAGACCAGCUCUCCUCUCUUCUCCCUCAUCACCCUUCAAAGACCUCAAACCAGAGGAGCGCGGUCUCUACUUGAUCCACCUCCUGCUAACCUGCGCCAACCACGUGGCCUCAGGCAGCCUCCAAAACGCAAACGCAGCGCUCGAGCAGCUCUCUCUCCUCUCUUCCCCUGACGGCGACACGAUGCAGCGAGUCGCAGCUUACUUCACCGAAGCGCUAGCUAACAGAAUCCUCAAGUCUUGGCCUGGUCUCUACAAGGCGCUCAACGCAACUCAGAGAAAGACCAGCAACGUCUCCGAGGAGGUUCAUGUCAGGAGAUUGUUCUUUGAUAUGUUCCCUAUACUCAAAGUGUCUUACCUGCUCACUAACCGAGCUAUACUCGAGGCUAUGGAAGGAGAGAAGAUGGUUCAUGUGAUUGAUCUCGAUGCUUGUGAGCCUGCUCAGUGGCUUGCUUUGAUUCAAGAUUUUAACUCUAGGCCUGAAGGUCCACCGCAUUUGAGGAUCACUUGUGUUCAUCGCCACAAGGAAGUGCUUGAUCAAAUGGCUCAUAGACUCACUGAGGAAGCGGAGAAGCUCGACAUCCCGUUUCAGUUUAAUCCCGUUGUGAGUAGUUUAGAGUCUUUAAACGUAGACCAGCUGCGUGUUAAGACAGGAGAGGCCUUAGCCGUCAGCUCGGUUCUUCAGUUGCAUAACUUCUUGGCCUCUGAUGAUGAUAUCUUGAGAAAGAAUGGAUGCAGCCUAAGAGGCGACUCAGCUUCAUCUUUGCCUCUACCUAGCUCAGGAAGGAUUGAUAGAUUCCUCAAUGCAAUGUGGAGUUUGUCUCCAAAGAUCAUGGUGGUCACUGAGCAAGACUCAGACCACAACGGGUCUACACUGAUGGAGAGGCUAUUAGAAUCACUCUACACCUACGCAGCGUUGUUUGAUUGCUUGGAAGCAAAAGUUCCAAGGACUUGGCAAGAUAGGAUCAAAGUGGAGAAGAUGUUUUUCGGGGAAGAGAUCAAGAACAUCAUAGCGUGCGAGGGAUCUGAGAGAAAGGAAAGACAUGAGAAGCUUGAGAAAUGGAGCCAGAGGAUUGAUUUGGCUGGUUUUGGGAAUGUUCCUCUUAGCUAUUUUGCGAUGUUGCAAGCUAGGAGGUUGCUUCAAGGGUAUGGUUUUGAUGGGUAUAUGAUCAAAGAAGAGAGUGGGUGUGCUGUGAUUUGCUGGCAAGAUAGACCUCUAUAUUCUGUAUCAGCUUGGAGAUGCAGGAAGUGAAAGAAGAUGAAUGAUAUAUAAACACAUGUGUGUUCUCUUUUGUUAAAGAGCAGAGACUCCUUUUCUUUUGUUAUACAUAGGGACACAAUCUUAAUUGUUUCAUGAUGUGACUGUCUCUAUUUCUUAUUUUGGCCAGUGUUUCUAACUGCCUCUGCAUAUAUGCCUUUUGAGCUGAUGAUAACUACAUGUAUGUUCUAUUCAUGUUCUUCAAUAGUUUCCUCUACAA